AUGGGAUUUAAAGGGAGACUAAACGUUGUCGUUUUAGGAUUUAAGAACAGAAGGAAGAAAGCUAAUAUAGGUGAGCGAGCAGGUGACAUCAAUCAAUCAAACUACAUUUGUGGUAAUGUUGCACAUAUUUUUCAUUGA